AUGCGAGAUUUUUCCGAACUAGCAAGCGCUUCAGAAAUCAAGUAUAACAAGGGCGAUGAUUUCCAAACAUCUUUGGAUACAAACAGCUCACGAGGUACCGCCACAGCACCGACUGUGCUACUCAACCGUCUUCAGAUGCUUCCUUAUCGCAUGGCCGAGAUGUUCGGGAAACCAGAUAAUGAACGAGAUGCCCCGGCUAUUCUACUCGGCAUUGGAUCCUUGCUCCGAUGCUCCAAUGAUUUACCAGGUGCGUGGCAAAGUAUAAGCGUAUGGUUAAGCAAAACGACGGACCACUUCAAUCAUAUGGUUUCACUUCAAAAUCCAGCCGCACUUAUUGUGCUAGCCCACUGGGCGGCUACUCUGGUUAAACGGACUGAAGUUUAUGAGUGCUGGUUCAUACAUGGCUUUUCAAGGGCAAUUGUUUUACUUAUUUCCGAACAUCUUUCUACGGAUGAUGGAGGUCGAAGUUUGGUUGAAGGCUUGCUAGAGUGA